AUGAUCGAUAUUUCUCUCCAGCAGGACCAGUUCGAGGUGGUCCCCACCUUGGUUCAGCCCACCUUGGUCGAGGUUCUCAAGUCCCGUGUCAAGGCCAACCUCGCUCGUGAGGCCCAGCUGCCCCAGGUCCACACCCUCCCCAUUGACCAGAUGCUUCAUGCUCGUCUUGCCUCCAUCGAUCCCGAGAGCGAGGAUGCCGAGGCCGACAAUGCGUUCUAUGUCGCCGAUCUGGGCGAGGUCUACCGCCAGCAUCUGCGAUGGAAGGCUCUCCUGCCCCGUAUUGAGCCUUUCUUUGCCAUGAAGUGCAACCCCGAUCCCAUGGUCAUGCGCCUUUUGGCCUCGCUUGGAGCCGGUUUCGACUGUGCCUCCAAGAACGAGAUCCAGUCUGUGCUCGAGAUGGGUGUGGACCCCUCGCGCAUCAUCUACGCGAACCCCUGCAAGCAGAACUCGUUUGUCAAGUAUGCGUACAACAACAGGGUCCGCAUGAUGACUUUUGACAAUGCCGAGGAGUUGCACAAGAUCAAGCGCUUCCAUCCAGAGGCCCAGCUCGUCCUCCGUAUUCUCACGGACGACUCCAAGUCUCUGUGCAAGCUGGGUCUCAAGUUCGGUGCCCCUCUGGACACGACCGGACAUCUGCUGGCAACGGCUCAGGAGCUGGGCUUGGACGUCAUCGGUAUCAGCUUCCACGUCGGAAGCGGUUGCUUUGAUGCCAAUGCUUUCGGAGAGGCCGUCAUCCGUGCCCGCCGUGUCUUUGACCAGGCCAAGGAUUACGGUUUCGAAUUCAACUUUUUGGACGUUGGUGGCGGUUUCCCAUCUGCUCAUGUGACUGAAGGGAUCACAUUCGAGAAGGUUGCCACCAUUUUGGGAUCGACCGUCAACGCGUUGUUUGGCCCAGAGGUGCGUGUCAUUGCCGAGCCUGGUCGCUACUACGUCGGAUCGGCCUUUACCCUGGCCACCCAGGUCAUUGCCCGCCGCACCAUCCAGCGCGAUCUGGACGAGAUCUUGUCACACGAACAGAGCCAGAACCCCUCGCACAUGUACUACAUCAACGAUGGUAUGUACGGCUCGUUCAACUGCAUCAUGUUUGACCACCAGGUGUGCGAGCCCAAGGUUCUGCUCAAGGAGGGAAUGUUUGCGUACCAGCAGUCCCUGGUCAAGGAGCUGCCCCACGGAUACGCCUCGGUCUGGGGCCCGACCUGCGACAGCAUUGAUUGCAUCUCGGCCAAGUCGAGCCUGCCGCUGAUGGAGUCGGGUGACUGGCUCUACUUUGACAACAUGGGAGCCUACACCAUCACGGCCGCCAGUCAGUUCAACGGCUUCCGCAAGAGCGAGAUUCUCUACACCACCACUGAGGCCGAGGUUUCGCUUCACUUUUAA